GUGCGGAAGAUGUGAGGGGUUGCGUGGGACAGCACUCGCUGUCUGCGGGGAGAUUUCCGUCACCCUCCCCCUCCUGAGGGCCGUGCGGAGCAUGGCGGUGGUCUGGUCUUGUGUUUGUGUCCUCGGCGGCCCAGCCGGGGUUUUCUUCUGAGACAUUCGCCCAUUCGUCCGCGGCGUAAAGCCCCCUGACCUUCCUGGCAGAGCUUUCUGUCCUUACUCUCGCUGUGCUGUCCGGAGCCUGGCUGAGCUGUUGGGCUGCUGGGGUUCGCGUGUGUGCUGGCGGUGACUGACAGUGCCCUGUGCCCGUGUGGUCAUGUUUAGCCGACCUCCACGCUGCCCUGCCCUCCAUGCGGUGCCCGGGGCCUUGCUGAGUUGAGUUUGUGAAUCCUGCCCGUAAGUCCCCGGCUGUGCUCUGCUUGUGUGAGCUACGGGACAGGGGUCCGUAGCAUCACUUUUUCUCUGCUCCUCGGAAGUAUUCAACAUUAAUUAAAAUGUCUUCCACCAACUCUCCAAAUGCAAGCGAAACACCCAAAGGGAGAAAACCAGGAUUGAGAAGUGUUCAAACAACUAUGCUCUUCCGAGCUGUGAACCCAGAGCUUUUCAUUAAACCUAACAAGCCUGUGAUGGCAUUUGGGCUCAUAGCAAUUACCCUCUGUGUGGCCUACCUUGGUUAUUUGCAUGCAACAAUAGAGAAUAAAAAGGACCUCUAUGAAGCAGUCGACAGUGAGGGGUCCACGUAUAUGAGGAGGAAGACUUCCAAGUGGGACUGAGAACAUAAGAAGGAAAUCAGCAAAUCAAUAACAGAACUUUGCCAGGCAACUACUAUUUUUAUUUCUCUGUCCCUUGAAAUAAUGGAUAAAUGUCUCUCUUGCUGUUCAAUCCAGUUUAAGUUCCUUUGUAAAAUGCCGUACCUAUACAAAUGAAUUGCAAUUGAGAUACAUGUGAACAUAAAAGUGACUUUAAGAACUGUUGUCUGCAAACUCCACAGCCUGUCUGAAGACAUGAAAUUACCUCGGACAUGCAGUCAAGACUAGUAAAUGCCUUAGAAAUGCACAUUAUAGUUCACCUCAUUUCUCUCUUUGAAAACAGGGUUUUGUCUUAAUUUUUAAACAGAAGUGUAAUGCAUUGUGUGUGAAAAGAAAAAGUUGAUCUGUUGAAAGUUGACAGGUGAAAUAAUUUUAAGGCAAGAAAGAUCUGAUAAAGCGAUCAUUGGAGGGUUGUACUUAAUAAAGGAAUUUGUAAAAUACUGA